UAAAACGAAGUAGUGCAACAGUGUGUAGUAUUUCUAUGUUAUAUUUUAUAUUUUGCAACCACCUGUUUUUCUUUUACUGAUUGCAAAAUUAUUUUUAAUGAAUGAAUAAAUUAAAAUCAAUCUACAUGUAGACUGGAGUUGUCCACUCUUAUACAAUAAAUCAAGGCUGCACCCAGCAAUUUGGAAAGAGGGUUUCCUUUUUCUAAAAAGUGAACCUUAUGUCCUUUGAAAAGUACAGUUUUAUAUUAAAUGGCAUACAUAUAAAACUUACAUAUUGAUUUAAAGAGGCCAUUUUUACCCAGAUGAAAAUGCCAUUUUUGCCCAUAGGCCUGUGAAUGAAUAAAAAAAAUCAUAACCUUCUCUUCAGAGUGGCCAGGACUUGUUGGACGUCCAGCAGAAACUGGUCAGCAAUGGUUUUGACCCACAGUGUACGGACACAGAGAAGGUCACUCAUCUUUGGAAGCUGUAUCUGGAAUCAGAGGCCAAGCUAAAAACUGCCCAGGAAAAUGUGGAACAGCUCCGUAAGCAGCAGGAAGAUGAGAUGAAAGAGGUGGAGAACUAUGUGGAGCACAUACGGAGCCUCUCCGAGGAGAGAAUGUCCCUGACAACGGGGCUUGAAAAUGAGAAUGAGCAACUAAAAGCCGAGAUUGAGCAUCUAAAACAGGAGCUAGAAACCCAUCAGAAUGAGGAGGUGAGAGAGAUGUUGAUCCAGCAGGGACUGGACGACAUAGCCCAGGGCUCUGUCAGUGAACAGAUUGCCUUCUUAUUGGUGGAGAGGGCAAGGUUACUGGAUGAACUUGAGGCUGAGCAGAGUAAACGCAACAGCAGUGGUGGCAUUGGUCCGGAUAACGGCCUCAAUGUCAGUCAGUCCAAGCUUCAACAAAUGUUGGAACAAGAGCGCCGCGACCACGAAGAAGAGCUCAGACAGCAACAAGAGAGCAUGAAACAAGUCAAAGAGCAGCUGAGAUCGGUGCAGGAACAGGAGCUGAGCAAAGUGCAGGCUGACAAAAGGAAGGUUGAAGAACAGAUCACAAAAGCCAGAGAAAGGGUGAAAGAACUGGAAAAAGAGACACUCAAACUGAAAGGAGAACUUGGCAAAGAAAAACUACUACGAGCACAAGCAGAGAAAAAGGCCAAACAAAGCUCUGAAGUCCUGCCAACGAAGUCUGGAAGUGAAGAAGAACUCUGGAAGGCAAAACAAGACAAGAGCAAACUUGAGCGAGAUAUGUUAUCCAUGAAAGGGAAAGUGAAGAUUUUAGAAGACCAAAAGGCACAGUUGAGUGAUCAGGUAAGAAUCCUGACAGAGGAUCUUGACAAGGAGAGACAGCAGACGGCAAACAAGUCCGCCAGUGAAGAGUGCGGCCUGCUGGAGCUCAAUGCCAAGGUCAGCACACAAGGCACACAGAUUUCACAGUUACAGAUCACACAGCAGAACCUAGAGGUGGAGAAAAGCGCCUUGGCUAUCAAGUUGGAUUCUGCUCAGAAAGAUAUGGAAAAUCUCAAGAAGGAAAAUAACGAGCUUGCCAUGGAAAAUCAUUGUCUACCAGAACAUUAA